UUUUUUUUGACUGAAUUCAAUUGCUUCACGCCGUGGUCAUUAGAAAAGGUAGUUGAUAUAAAAAAAACCGGAAAUAUUGGUUUUGGUGUCUGCAGGUAGAUUUGGACGAACCGAAAGCUUUAAUCAAGCUUUAAUCACGCUCAACUUAUAUUCAAGACGACGCUAGCUGAAAAAUAAUUCUGGCUGCACUUGCACAUAUAAGUGGAUAAGUAAGUGCCGGGUCUUGAGAGUUAUUAACGUUAACUGCAGCAGAGCGAAGUUGACUAAGAAAUUUGUAAUUUCAUUGCUUUUAAAAUGAGCAAAUACAACACAAAGUAUUUGGAAGACAAGUUAACCGACAAACUGGGAGCACAGUACGUAAAGGCAAUCGACGAAUCGGACGGUUGUGGUGGUAAAUUUAGUGUUACAAUUGUUUCAGAGGCAUUCCGUGGUAAGACAUUGCUGCAGAAACAUCGCUUAGUUAACAGUGCACUUGCGGAGGAGCUAAAGGAGAUACACGCAUUCUCACAAAAGUCGUACACACCCGAAGAGUGGGAAAAGGUGCAGCAGACAAUGCAAUAAAAGCACCAUAUGCAACACAGUAAAUAUAUAUUUCUGCUAGCUUAUAGCAUCAUUCAGUCAGUCAACAGCAACAGACGAAAUUAGUAAACCGGAACGGCAACAAUAGCGUACCUACUCGACAGAAAACGAAACGGAGUCAAUUUAAACACGAACUAUAUAGUGCAGAAAGUGAAAGUAUAGCUACUCCAUAAUUGUAAAUGCGUAAUAAACUGCGCAGGCGCUCAGUGCUUAAACCAUUUACAUUUUUAAACUGCAGGAAAUAAAA